GAACAAAUGGGGGCAUUAGCAGAUUGGGGAUCACUGCUUUCCCACAGCCCUGACCUUCUGUAAACCAAGCAGUCUGGCCUGGCCAAAGCGAGGGACCAGGUGUCUGGCCGCCAGUAAAGGUAAUGUGGGGCGGGACCUGCGGUCCGAGAUGCACCAGGACAGGCGCCGCGCAUCCCAGCCCUGGCUCCAGACUACAGCUCCCGGCAUACCCCGCGCCUGGUACCCGCCCGCAGCCCGCGGAGGGGAGGAUGCAGACACCGAGGCUGGCGAUGAGGAUGGAGGCCGGGGAGGCAGCGCCACCGGUGGGGGCGGGCGGCCGAGCCGGGGGCGGCUGGGGCAAGUGGGUGCGGCUGAACGUAGGGGGCACGGUGUUCCUGACCACCCGCCAGACGCUAUGCCGGGAGCAGAAGUCCUUCCUCAGCCGCCUGUGCCAAGGCGAAGAGCUGCAGUCGGACCGGGAUGAGACCGGGGCCUACCUCAUUGACCGGGACCCCACCUACUUCGGGCCCAUAUUGAACUUCCUCAGGCAUGGCAAACUGGUGCUGGACAAGGAUAUGGCUGAGGAGGGGGUCCUGGAGGAAGCUGAGUUCUACAACAUUGGCCCCCUGAUCCGAAUCAUCAAAGACAGGAUGGAGGAGAAAGACUACACAGUGACCCAGGUGCCACCCAAGCAUGUGUACCGUGUGCUGCAGUGCCAGGAGGAAGAGCUCACACAGAUGGUCUCCACCAUGUCUGAUGGCUGGCGCUUCGAGCAGCUGGUGAACAUCGGCUCCUCUUACAACUAUGGCAGCGAGGACCAGGCCGAGUUCCUGUGUGUGGUGUCUAAGGAACUCCACAGCUCCCCACACGGCCUAAGCUCAGAGUCUAGCCGUAAGACCAAGAGCACGGACGAGCAGCUGGAGGAGCGGCGGCGGCAGGAGGUGGAGGAGGUGGAGGUGGCCCAGGUGCAGGUGGAGGCGGAUGCCCAGGAGAAAGCCCUGUCAUCUCAGGAUCCCGCUAACCUUUUCUCCCUCCCACCACCGCCUCCUCCUCCUCCGCUUCCUGCUGGAGGUCCCUGUCCGCACCCUCCCAGACCCAAGCCUGAGCUUGCUGUGAGAGCUCCUCGGCCCCGCGCCCGCCCCCAGAGCUGCCGCCCCUGCUAUUACAAGCCAGAGGCACCCGGAUGUGAGCCCCCAGAUCACCUCCAGGGACUUGGGGUUCCGAUCUGAAAUCCUUUAUUUUUGUACCACGGGGUGGGCCCCCGGCCCGAGGAGGAAGACUUGCCCUGUCCCUUAUCACUGCUGCCUGCCUCUGCCGGGCUGGGACUCAACCCUGCCUCCAGGCCCAGGCCUGGGGCCCUCGGGGACCUUGGAAGGCCUGAGGUGGGUCCUGGGCUCUCCAGGCAGAGUCACCGGCCCAUGGCCAAAGUGUGGCACUGCCCACUCCCGUCUCCCAGGUCCUUUCGUCCCCUCGCCUGGGUCCCUUUGCUGCAUGGCGGAUACACUCCCUCCGGUCCCUGUCAUAGCACCUCCUUGAGCCUCUGUCUCCAUGGCAACCCCUCUUCCCACCUACCUCACAGGGGUGUUGUGAGGACCAGGGAGGAAGGGGGUUCCUGGAAGCCCCAAGUGUCUGGGUCUGCAGCCCGUUACCUUCUAGGGGGAGGGACUCUAGCCUGGCCCCCAAGUGGGACAUGAUGGCUUGAGAGACGGGUAGGGGACCAUGCGAGGACUUAGCCAAGCAGGAAGGGAGGUACAGACUUGGCAUCACCUUGGCUGCCCCUCCCCUGUGCCACUAUGUGUUCGGCGGCAGAGUGCCCCCCCCCCGGCGAGUCGCGAGGCUGCCCCGGGGGACUUGUGAUGAUGGGGAAGGGGUCGGGUGUGAUAGGGGCUGAGCUGCCCCUCCUGUGUCUCCACCACCUGGGAUGGGCACACCUCUGUCCGUGGUGUCCCACCCGCCAUGAAAUAAACCUGAAUGAACAGGCC